AUGUCUGAAAAGGUGCUAGAAGAUACUCCUCGCUCUCCUUCGUCUGAGCCGCCCUCGGAGACGUCUGCGGAAAAGCCUUCGUCGCCGCGCGAUGUCCACGGCAUCAAGUGGGCACUGGUUGUGAUUGCGCUGCUCUCGUCGCUUUUCCUCUACGCCUUGGAUAACACCGUCGUCGCCAAUGUCCAGCCCAAGGUCGUCCAGACCUUCGGCCAUGUCGCCCUGGUGCCCUGGCUCGGUGUCUCGUUUGCCCUGGCCUCGGCGGCCACGACCCUGAUCUGGUCCAAAGCGUACGGAACCUUCUCUGCGAAGAAGCUGUACAUCGGCAGCACGGCCAUGUUCAUGGCUGGGUCCGCUCUGUGCGGUGCGGCCCCGGACAUCGACAGCUUCAUCGUCGGCCGCGCCAUCGCAGGCGCCGCUGGCUGUGGCAUGUACAUGGGCCUGUUGACCCUCCUCUCCGUCACGACCGACAACGUCGAGCGGCCCAAGUACCUCAGUCUCACGGGCUUGAUUUGGGGUAUCGGCACAGUGCUCGGCCCCGUCAUCGGCGGCGCGUUCGGCGACAGCAGCGCCACCUGGCGCUGGGCGUUUUACCUAAACCUGCUGGUCGGCGCGGUAGUCGCCCCGAUCUAUUUCCUGCUCCUGCCGGAUUUCCGGCCGCAGCAGGGAGAGCCGCUGCUGGCGCGUCUCGCGCAAAUCGACUACCUUGGCGGCCUGCUGUCCAUCGGCGCCCUGCUGUGUCUGAUCAUGGCCAUGAACUUUGGCGGCGUGCUGUGGCCAUGGGACCACCGCAAUAGCAUUGGUCUAUUCGUGGGGUCCGGUGUGCUUCUCAUCCUCUUCGUCGUCCAGCAGGUCUUCCUCAUCGGCACGUCGUUUGACUCGCGCAUGUUCCCGAUGCAUUUCUGGCGUAGCCGCUCGAUGAUCGUGCUGUUCUUCACGAUGAUGCUGGCGACGUUUGGCAGCUUCAUCGGCAUCUACUACCUGCCGAUCUACUACCAGUUCGCCCGUGGAAGCACCGCCAUGCAGACCUCCGUCCACCUCCUCCCCUUCAUCCUGUUCCUGGUGGCCUUCAACCUGGCCAACGGCCAGCUCAUGGCAAAGACAGGCUAUUACUACCCGUGGUACGUAGUUGGGGCGGCGCUGGAACUCAUCGGCGGCGUCUUGAUGUACUUUGUCGACGAGCACACAAGCGAUGCCAAAAUCUACGGGUACACCAUCAUCCUCGGCACGGGCGUGGGCUGUUUCUGCCAGGCGGGCUUUGCUGUGGCGCAGAUGAAAGUCAAGCCCACUGAAAUCCCGUACUGCGUGGGCUUUAUGACCGUCGGCCAGAUGCUGGGUAUUGUGUUCGGCACGGGCGUCUCGGGCGCCCUGUUCGUCAACUCGGCGCAGAACGCCCUCCGCGCGGUCUUCCCCGGCGCCAGUGAGACCCAGAUCUCGAAUGCGAUUUCGGGCGUGGGCAGUGAAUUGUUGCGCUCUGCUGGACCGGUCAAGGAGAUGGCUGGUAUUCAUGGCAUUACGCGGGCUGUACAGCUGGCUUAUGUGCCUGUCAUCUUUGCCGGGAGCGUCUGCUUGAUCUGCAGUUUGCUGAUGAGAAGGGAGAAGGUGUUUGUCUAG